AGAACCCCAGGAGCAGUUCCGCAUCGGGCCCAUCCUCCUCCACUCCUCUGCCACCCAGAAAACUGCCAGAGUGCCAGUGGCAACUGCUGCGCUGGGAGAGUGAGGCAAUAACAAAAUAUAUGAGACUGGACAAGAGGUGCAGUGAGGAAAUGGAACCGAAACUAUGUGCGUGGAGUAUAUAAAGAGUUGUCUGCAGUAAUAUAGCUUAUAGCCGGUGCAGCUGCGGGUUUGAUCCACAAUUGUGUGCUGGAAGAAAUUAAUCUGUUGAACAUGCCUCUACAGGGUCCUUCUCCUAUUCCUGGUGACUUAAUAGAAUUCUUCCGCCCUGUUUAUCAACAUUGGGGUGUUUAUGUGGGACAAGGAUAUGUUGUCCAUUUAACAGACCAAGAUGGUUGGAUCAGCAUAUCCUCGGCAUUUGGAGAAAAAGCUGUGGUCAGAAAAGAUCAUAUUGAUACAGUUGCUGCCGGCUGCAUCUACAGAGUGAAUAACAAGUACGACAAGAAGCGCAGCCCGUACCCACCAGGAAAAGUAGUGAAAGCUGCACUGGAGCAGGUGGGGGAGCAGCUGGACUAUAGUGUCACUAGUGCCAACUGUGAGCACUUUGCGACAGAACUGAGAUAUGGCAACAGGUCUUCCCAACAGGUGGAUCAAGCUUUUGUGGCAGCUGGAGUUGGAGCUGGUGUAUUUAUUGCAGCAGGCCUUAUAGCAGGAGUCCUGUUUACCUCUAUAAGGAAUAAAAGACAAAACCAAUAAAUAGGAUUGACAAUUAUUACCACAGAUCUACAGAACUUUGCAGAUGUUAUAAAUCACCUCCAGUAGGUGUCCUGUAGUCAGUUACUAUAGGCAUUAUACCUGGUUAUUUAAUAGGUUUCCAGAUUAUGGGACCUGUAUGAUUAUGUUAAGUUCACCCCUAAAUGUAAAUGUUAAUAUGGUGUAACUUAAUAAAAUGCUAUAGUUGUUAAGAUGCAUUUAGUUGUAAUUUAUUUUUUAAUCUAAACUUUGUUCUAUGAAUAAAGAUAAUACUGAAACAUGAAA